AUGACAAGAAAAUAUUACACGAAAAUGGUACCUCCAGAUGGCGGGUGGGGAUGGCUUAUUGUUUUAGGAUCGAGUAUAAUGAACGUUUCAACAUAUGCUAUUGAACCAUCAUUUGGAUUGCUUUUCGGAGAUCUCCUCAAACAGCUCGGUGUCGAAACAACGGGUGCAUCUUUGGUGAUGUCUACAAUGGAUGGAAUUUUCAACUUUUCAGGGCUUUUUGUCGGACCUCUAACAAAGAAGUAUUCCUACAGGAAAGUAGCUAUUUUAGGAGCUGUGUUAAGUACUGCUGCCUUUCUAAUGACCGCUCCAGCAAACAGUUUGCUGCACAUCCUCAUUACGUACGGAGUACUUGGAGGUGUCGGAUUCGGCCUUGCUAAUUCAUCCACCCUGGUAGGUAUCAAUAAAUACUUCUCCAAAAAGAAAUGCCAGGCGGUUGGUCUUUCGAUGGCUGGCACUGCUGUUGGAUUUAUGUUGAUACCUCAGAUUGUCAGGUUCUUGCUGGAUGAAUAUGGUUUUCGUUCUGCACUUCUCAUAAUAGGCGCACUAUCUCUUCAUGCUGUGGUAGGAGCUUGUUUAUUUCAACCUGUUUCUUGGCACAAGAAAGCAGUUAUUGUAGAAGUAGAAGAAGAAGACGUUCACAGUCUCUUACCAUCUGAUAAAAAGGAUAGUUCAGUCACCACAGACACCAAAAAUCAAGUGCGAAGUGAUGAGAGUAGUCCAAAUUCACAGGAGAGAAAGAUUUUGUUGAAUAUUCCACUGCAAGCUUUUCCAAGAAAGGAAUUUGUACCUCAGCGCUUAGAUGAAGGAGAAAAUAUAUUUAACAUCCAUGAAAUUACUGAUGAAGAAUGUGAUAAAGAAUCAGAAAAAAUAACCGAUAAUUUAAAUAGGGAAGAAACACACAAAAACAACCCAAAAAACAGAUCCAAAAAAACAAUGAAAUCAUUAAAAAGUGGGUUGUUAAGGUUUUUCAAAUUCAUGGAUCUUGAUCUUCUAAGAGAUGGUGUAUAUUUGAAUACUCUGUAUGGGCUAUCAAUGCUAGUUGUGGUUGAAAUGAAUUUCAGACUAAUUUUACCUUUCUUUUUAUCUGAUCUUGGCUUGACACAUUAUGA